ACUCGGCGUCGUCGACAACCCGCCUCACUUCAACCAACACACCACGAACUCACAACCACCCUACCACCAACAUCAUCCACCAUGCCCCACGAACCUCUCAUCACAAACUUAACCCUCUUCUACCGAACCCUCGCCGCCCUUCAACACAUUUCUCCCUCGGACAUUCUACUCCCACCAAACCAAAUCUCCCUCACCGCCGCCAACGACGCCGGUCUCUGCCCAGAAGCGAUAGAUCUACUAAACCGCCUUCCCCACCUCUCCUCUGAUGUUUCCUCUCUUCCAAUUCUUCCAGAUGGCACACAAGCAGUCUUUUACACCUCCGAAGAUGAAUGUCUAGAAUGGUCACGCACACCAACCUAUCAAGAUUCACCAGAAAUCGCAUCUUCGGCAUUCGUGCUGACGAAUCCGAAUAUCUAUGGUACGAGUUUAAUCUACGAUACUUUGAGCCGCAAACUUCUCCCCUGGAAAGCCUGGGGCAAACACGUAGAUUUCGAAAUCGCAGAGAUGGAAAAUCCAUUCGAGGAAUGCGAUGGUGAUGCAAAACCUGCAGAUGAGAUAUUGAAAUCGUGGAUUGGAAAGUUCGUCACACUUGCUUGGGUGCCUUUUGGGGAUCAAAUCGUUGUUGAGCCAGAUGAAGAUGAGGUGAGAGAUGCGAUGAGGGAUGUGGAUGUUAUGGUGCAAUAUCAAGCGCAAUUUAUCCAGUGGAGCUUCAGAGAUGUUUACAUGGCUGCUGGAUGGGACGCCACAGCCGAGGAUCUGGAAACCGCGAGCAAGGAUUUCGACAUUGUUGAAUCCGCGAGAAUGCAGGCGGAGUGGUUGAACGAGACGGAAGAGAUGCUCGAUCGUGCAUAUGAGCAACAAUGGCCAUGGCAAAAAAUACGCAUGGAGUUAGGAGGAGAACUUGCGAAUAACCAAAGAGCGAGAUUACUAGAUGCGGGGAUUGGGGAUGGAUACCGACAAAGACAUAUCGAGCUCUGAUGAUACCCAUAAGGUAAACUUGCAAAGAGGAAUCACUCAUAAUCAUGAUAAGUCUCCUCUUCAUCAACUACUUGAGUCACCUCAUCAAUACCUCUCCCGUCCAUCUCAAAAGCAUUUCUCUCAAGCACGACUUCCAAAAUAACACAGAAUAGAAGUAAUCCAAGCGCCAUGGUCAACAAGCCACACAUCUGCGUGACAAACCAUCCGAAAUUUCCAUUGACCGCAAACCAACAAGGCAAAGCAAUAGCCCCAUAAGUCCCCGCCACAGACACAGGCGUACUGAAAACCACAAACAGCACUUUCCAUCCCUGCAAAUAUCCUCUAGCCCUGAACGCAACCGCAGCAGCCAAAAAUACACCGAUGGAGUUACAAGGUAGCCACCACCAAGGCAGACUCCCAACCCUAAGCGGUUGAUUACCAUAAUACACCC